UGGAGUAGCCAAGUUUGAUUGACAGCUUGUGUCUAAUUUGUUUAUUUUUUGUUUUAGUUUGGUGGGGGUUUGGUCCACUGUCCUCGAUGAAUUUUGUGGAUUUUUUGAGUCGGGCACGUGUAAAAAUUUCCGACGUGGCAAGACGGAGCAGUCUUUUAACAACUACCGAAACACUCAAUGUGAUAUUUGGGAAUGAAGCAUGUGAUCUCGAUUCUGCUGUGUCAGCUUUGGUGUAUGCUUGGUUUCUUACACGGAUUCAAUCCAUCGAAAACAGGAAGAAGAUUUAUCAUAUUCCAGUUUUAAACAUUCCUCAAAACAUGUUUCGACUGAAAACAGAAACCGUUCACUUGCUGAAGAAAUUUGAAAUAUCACAGAAUGAUUUGAUUUUUCAAGAUACAGUUGAUUUUCAUAAUCUCUUCUGCAAUCAUAAACAAAAUGUUAAAAUCACUCUUCUGGACCAUCAUGUGUUAUCAAGAUCAGAUGAAUAUUUGUAUCCAAUGGUUUCUGAAGUUAUAGAUCACAGGACUCAGGCAAGAGAAUAUGACUCUGAUAUUAAAGUUGAAAUCGCAACAGUCGGAUCUUGCACUACCUUGAUUGCUGAAAGAAUCAUCAAGGCAAUUGAUAGGGAAGAACUUAUGCUCAGUGAUAAAGAACUGAAAGAAAUUACUUUAUUAGUCACAGGUCCAAUCUUGCUAGAUACUGUUAACCUACAAGAAUCUGCUGGGAAAGUUACUGAGCGUGACUUGAAUGUCAUCAGGACAUUCUGGAAAAACAACAGCAAUGAGCAACUGGCACAAAUUUUUAUUGAGUUGAGUGAAGCCAAGUAUUCUGCAGAUGGCCUAACAGUCGAGGAUUUGAUGCUGAAGGAUGCAAAAUUUAUUGAGAACAAAGAUCGUACAACAAAAUUGUUCCUCAGUACAAUACACGACAAAAUGGAAAAUUUUCUUCAUCGUGAUGAUGCAGUAUCAUGCAUUCCAAUUUUAGUGUCUGCAAGAAAUUGUCACUUAUGGCUUGGCUUGGCACCACUUAAAAAUGAUGAAUCUGAAAAACCUUUCAAACCAUUGUUACUCUUCUCUGAAAAUCAUGAUUUGACGGCGAAGGUGAAACAAGCGCUGAUUUCAUCUGAAACCCCUUGUCUACAAAUCAUAGUAGAAGAUAGUAAUGGAAUCUCUGAGGAAUUCACGAAGCUAAGAAUGUACAACAUUAAAGCCUCUAGAAAACAAAUUCUUCCAGUGGUACAACAGGCCAUUGAUUAAUUAAUGCUAAGAUAUAUCUUUGUUAUCUUAUACUCAGAACCAAGAACGCAUUCGUUACAGUGCAGUUACUGAAAUUUCAGAGGAGAGGCAGAGAUCAGGUGCAAUGUACGUUUUAAUUCACCAUGAGUUACAAAACUAUAGAAAAUGCAUGUAUAAUUGAACUAUAAAUUGCCUCAACUAAUGAUCAUUUGUAUGUUGUUUAUUAAUUUGAUAUUUGUCACUGCCAAACCCGUUGAUAAUAUAGUUAUUGUUUUUAUGCAGUUAUUAGUAUGUUAUUGUCGUUAGUGGGAGGGCAUUUUCAUAUUUGGUUUUAUUUUGUUUCAAUUUAGUAAAUCCCCUUUUUUUAUAUCCACUGCCAUAAUCUUAUCAGAUUGCUUUAAUACCAUGACCUCACGUUUGCCAUAAUUGAAUGAACAAAAUGUUUUGAUAUAUUACCAUCAAAUAAGAGAGAAUGUUUGAUAAUAAACACUGAAACGAUCA